UGUGAGGGAGAGCUAUAGCGCUGGGUCGGCCCGAUGGGGGUAAUCGAGGGUUUCGGGGACGCGGAGUGGCGCUUUCCUCUUCCCAGUGAGUGAGGGAGGGCAUUCGGCGGCUCUCGUGCUCGGCCACUUUCCCUGGACGAUUCCCGGAGCUCCCUGCAGGAGGUGAAAGUCCCGGCGGGUCCGGAUGGCGUAGUUGCGCCGCGGCGCAGCAGCUGCUGGAGCUCACCGCCGCCGAGAGCUGGGCGGGGAAACUUUCCUCCGCGUUCCUCCGACUUGCGGCGGGUGGAUCUCUGCGUGACACGCCGCCUCCGAGGACUUCGAUCACUUGACACAUUACAAAUUUGUUGUCUUUCUCCCCCAUGAGAAGGCAAUUUGAAAAUUGGAAAGAAGGAUUUUUUAAGGCCACUUCCGAUUUGCAAAGGCUGUCUACAAUCUGAAGAAGUCUCAGCUGAGGGUGACUAAAUGGGGCAUGCUUCUGGAGAAAUCAAAAUGGCUUCUUACUAUGUGAUCGCCAUGUUUGCCUUGCUGAGUUCCUGUGUAGCCACUGCCGAUCCAGAGCCCGGGACCCAGUGUGAAGUGUCGCCUGUCAACGCCUCCCAUCCUGUCCAGGCGUUAAUGGAGAGCUUCACUGUCUUGUCGGGGUGUGCCAGCAGAGGCACGACGGGGCUGCCACAGGAGGUGCACGUCCUGAACCUCCGCACUGCUGACCCAGGGCCUGACCAGCCUCAGAGAGAGGUCACUCUGCACCUAAAUCCCAUCUCCUCGGUCCACAUUCACCACAAGCCUAUCGUGUUUGUGCUCAACUCCCCACAGCCCCUGGUCUGGCAUCUGAAGACAGAGAGGCUGGCAGUUGGGGUCUCCAGACUUUUCUUGGUGUCUCAGGGUUCCAUGGUCCAGUUUUCAUCAGGAAACUUCUCCUUGUCAGCAAAAACAGAAGAAAAGAGAUUCCCUUAUAGAAACGACCGUCUGCUAAGUUGGGCUCGAAAGGAGUACGGAGCAGUCACUUCAUUCACUGAACUCAAGAUAGCAAGAAACAUUUACGUUAAAGUGGGGGAAGAUCAAGUGUUCCCUCCCACGUGCAACAUAGGGAAGAAUUUUCUCUCGCUCAAUUACCUUGCUGAGUACCUUCAGCCCAAAGCAGCGGAGGGUUGUGUGAUAUCCAGCCAGCCCCAGGAUAAGGAAGUACACAUCAUUGAGUUAAUUACCCCCAGCUCUAACCCCUACAGUGCUUUCCAGGUGGAUAUAAUAAUUGACAUAAGACCUUCUCGAAAGGAUCUUGAGGUGGUCAAAAAUCUCAUCCUGAUCUUGAAGUGCAAAAAGUCUGUCAACUGGGUGAUCAAAUCUUUUGAUGUUAAGGGAAACCUGAGAGUUGUUGCUCCUAACAGUAUUGGCUUUGGGAAAGAGAGUGAAAGAUCCAUGAUAACAACCAAAUCAGUAAGAGAUGACAUUCCUUCAACCCAAGAGAAUCUGUUCAAGUGGGCUUCGGACAAUGGCUAUAGUCCAGUAACAUCAUAUACAGUGGCUCCUGUGGCUAAUAGAUUCCAUCUUCGGCUCGAAAACAGUGAGGAAAUGAGAGAUGAGGAAGUCCAUACCAUCCCUCCUGAGCUACGGAUCCUGCUGGACCCUGGCAGUCUGCCUGCCCUGGAGAACCCACCCAUCCGGGGAGGGGGAGGCCGAAAUGGAGGUUUCCCCUUUCCUAUCCCGGAUAUCUCCAGGAGAGGCCAGAUGGAAAGGGGAGAAGAUGGGAUCCCCCAGCCAAGGGACCCUAUCGUCCCCAGCUUGCGGCUGUUUCCUGGUCCCGAAGAGCCCAAGGAGGUGCAAGAAAAUGUGGAUAUUUCCCUGUCAGUCAAAUGUGACAGUGAAAAGAUGGUCGUAUCUGUAGAAAAAGAGUCUUUUCAGGCCAACAACUACUCGGGGAUGGAGCUCACUCUGUUGGAUCCUACCUGCAAGGCCAAGAUGAAUGGCACCCACUUCAUUUUGGAGUCUCCCUUGAGUGGCUGUGGUACUUGGCACCGGCGGUCAGCCCCGGAUGGAGUGAUUUAUUAUAACUCUAUUGUGAUGCAGGUUCCAUCACCUGGGGAUAGUAGCGGCUGGCUAGAUGGUUAUGAAGAUCUGGAGUCAGGUGAUCAUGGAUUUCCGGGGGAUAUGGAUGAAGGAGACACUUCCUUCUUCAGCCGGCCUGAAAUUGUGGUGUUUAACUGCAGCCUGCGGCGAGUGAGGAAUCACAGCAGCUUCCAGGACCCACUCCACAGGAAUGUCACUUUCAACAUGGAGCUCUAUAACACUGACCUCUUUCUCGUGCCCUCUCAGGGGGUCUUCUCUGUGGCAGAGAACGGACACAUUUAUGUUGAGGUGUCUGUUACUAAGGCUGACCAAGAAUUGGGCUUUGCCAUCCAAACGUGCUUUAUCUCUCCAUAUUCAAACCCGGAUAGGAUGUCUGAUUACACUAUCAUUGAAAACAUUUGUCCUAAAGAUGAAUCUGUGAAAUUCUACAAUCCAAAGAGGGUGCACUUUCCUAUUCCCCAAGCUGAGAUGGAUAAGAAGCGAUUCAGCUUUGUGUUUAAGUCCAUUUUCAACACCUCACUGCUCUUUCUACAGUGUGAGCUCACGCUGUGUACCAAGAAGGAAAAGGACCCCCAGAAGUUACCUAAGUGUGUGCCUCCAGAUGAAGCCUGCACCUCGCUGGACGCCUCAAUGAUCUGGGCCAUGAUGCAGACUAAGAAGACCUUCACCAAGCCCCUUGCUGUGAUCCACCAGCAAGAAGAAGUUAAAGAAACCAGUCUAAGCAUUAAGGAACCGAAUCCAGUUCCUCCACAGAUCUUCCAUGGUCUGGACACCCUCACCGUGAUGGGCAUCGCAUUUGCAGCAUUUGUGAUCGGAGCACUCCUGACAGGGGCCUUGUGGUACAUCUAUUCUCACACAGGGCAGACGGCAGGAAGGCAGCAAGUGCCCACCUCCCCGCCGGCCUCGGAGAACAGCAGCGCGGCGCACAGCAUCGGCAGCACGCAGAGCACUCCCUGCUCCAGCAGCAGCGCAGCCUAGCUCCGCGCCUCCGCCCGGAGGGGACCGGCGGCCGCCCGCCCCGCGUGUCCGCGCCGGAAGGCCGCAGCGCGGAGCCAUUGCGAAGAGAGAGUGAAUUCCAACACGCAGGCCACCUGUUGUAUUCCUCCCCCGCCCAGGGCUAAUACACGUGUGCCCCCUGGGCUUCUGUAACACACUAGAACUCCUGUGAGAAAGCCAAGGUGGUGGCCUUCUCCACCAGCCCCGCCCGGGCUUGGGGGUUUUCAAUGUGAAACACGUGCCAGUUUUCAAAAUGCUGCUUUGUCCAGGUAAGACUGUCCAUAAUUUGGGGCCCCGAGAUUUACCCUGACUCGAGGAGUUGGUGAGAGGAUGGUAACCAGACAGUAGGACCAGUGAGGAGAUACGGCCAAAGAGCCUUGUAUAACUGAACCAAAAUGUAUAACACAAGAAAUACUUCAAGAUUUUCUCAGUGUGUUCCUCCGUGUCUAAUUUGCACCUUCUGGACGCACACUUCUCACUUUGCUGUCACACCCUCUGGGGGCUGAUGUUGUCCGCUUGAAGGGUGCCGCCCUCAGGGACUGCACCCUGACACACAAAUCGCAGCAACAUUCCUUUCUCGGGCCCUGGGCCAAAACCAGUGCUGAUAACCUUACCUGCUCCCCCCUGUCCCACACUCGCACACCGACUGCAAAAAUGUCUUAAUGCAAAGUUUGUAUUGCUUCAUAAGCAUAUAGAAAUAGAAAAUGGCCAAAAUCUGGGACUGCAUAUUUGUCCCCAUUUAUGACAUUGCGUUCUGAGAAAAAUUAUAAAUUGGGGCAAAUUUAGUUUUAAAGUUGGAGAGGAAUUUGCACAGUAAUAUAUAUGCAAGUACAGGUAUAGACAUGUCACCUGGCACAUUUGUUUUCUCCGUUGAAAAAGAGAAAAUUCAUUCCCCUUUUUAAAAGACCCUGUGUCUUCAGAGUUGCAACUUAAGUGUAUUUGGGAGAAUUAGUGUUUCCACUCAAAACGUGUCAACCUUGUUAAUAGACCCUUUUGUCAAAAACGAAGCUCUUGUUCGUGCAAAUGCACAGCAGAUCCUGUUGGUUUCUGGUUGGUUAUCUGAACAGUGUCACCGAUUCUGCCAAGAAAGUGCUGAGAUCUGGAAAAGGGCACUCGUGUGGACUGCUUUAGUUCUCUUGCCUUAAAUAUAUUCCAACCUCAAAAAAGGAUUUGAGAUGGAUUUCAUUAAAAUGGAAUAAUAUGAUGCCACUUUGCAGCUAAAAUAAGCUCAACUGAUAGUCUGUGUUAAAAAAGAAGGCCGAGGAAAGUUGCCAUGCCAAUUCAUUUACUACUGAGAAUAGCUUCGUUGCAAAGAAAUAUUCAUCUU